GGGCUGGGCGGGGGGCGGCCCCAGGGAGAACGGCGGCUCCCCGCAGCGGGCGCUCGGGUAGCGCGUCCUGUCGCGCAGGGAAACGCGGGUCGACCUGCAGGUGUGGAAAGCUGCUCCUUGUAUUUCGUCCUUCUUAAAAGAUUCAUGUCAUGUGGGUGGAGCCCGACGUGUUUCUAUCUGCGUGUGGCAAACUGUCGGGUCAUGACUGGAAACUGACAGGUCCGCUGCUAAUGGCAGCGUAGUAAAUAGCGAUCUUGCAUAACUCUUAAAUUUUCCAUGAUGUUGGCUGAAUUUCUGCCCCCCGAGUACGAGACUGUGACAAUGUUUCUUCCUGUACUUGAGUACUGUGAAGUGCUGGGCAGCACAGGAAUUACCUGUCUUACUAGUUUUUCCCUUUCCUUUCUAGAGAAGUGCCAGGUAGGUGAGGACUCAAAAGCCUAAAAACGCUGCAUUGAGAGGAAUCGAUGGGACUACAGAGCACGGGGUCAGGAAGGAGGUGCAUUUAUUGGGACAGAAUAGGCUUGAGAUGGCAGCAAUACCAAGGGGGGAAAAAUUAGAUAUGCUGGCUAGGUGAAUGUAGGUUCUUGGCGUAAGAAGGUGGUAUAAAUAAACUGUUAAAAGAUAGAGGCUAUACCAAAGACUUCAGUGAUUGUAAGAGAGAAGGAAUUACCAUGUUAGGUCAGAUCACUGACUUACUUUUUUUGUUCAGUUGCUGUUAUCUAGCCUUAAGUGCUUAAAAAUUAGCUGUAAGCCACCACAUAAUGAAAAAUGUAAGGACUACUUUUAAAUAAACUGAUUUACAUAAAAGAAAAAAAUACCUACAUUUAUCAGCUAGAAACUGUCUUACUAGUUUAAAUUCUUUAUAAUGCUUGGUUUACUUCAGUAUGUUUUCAUUAUUCUCAAAAGAUACCAAUAAUCUUUUAAUUGCUCUUUCCCUAAAAAAACAAGGCUUAAACAAUUCUGUCUGCAUUGUAGUUCUCAUUCAUGCUCUUCAUCUUUGAAAUCAAUGACUGAUAGAAAAACAGUUGAUGUAUAGGAAGCGGUCUUAGAUUAAGGACAUAUAGGAAGAGGCCUUGGAUUAAGGGAUUUGUUUUGGUUUUUGUUUGCUUGUUUUCCUCCCUUCCUUCCCUGCCUUCCUUCCCCCCCAUUCCCUCCCCCCCCCCCCCCCAACUUCAAAAACAGGGAGUUAGAGACCUCUGUCAGUCAGGAUAUUUAAUCCUCUUAAUAAGCUUUAGGCUUCAAAGUUACCUUUUGGCAGUGAGGUCCGCAAUUUAGCUGUUUUUAAAAUGAAGUGGGUUUUUUUUAGGUGUGCUGCUUCACAGGAUCAGUGGCCAAGUAGUUGAGGUAUUAGCCUACAAUAACAAAUUGAACCAAAGUUUCCCUGUUGCACUUUAGCCUCCCUUGGGCAAGUCACUUAGCCCCUUUUCAUUUAUCAGCACAGAUGUACUCUGUGGUGCUAAGGAAUGAGUGUGAGCACUGGACUGAUCCAUGAUUAUCUACAGUGCCAGUUAGCUCUUUUUUUAGCUCUGUUUUGGACCAGCUUUCUCAAAGACAAGUUACUCUAAAUCUUGUUUAGUGCUAAGGAGUACAAAUCAGGGCAAAUCUGUGCAUCCAGCCAUGGGACCAAAGGUUGGUUUGUGGCUCGCGCUCUCUCUUAUUUAGCAAUAUGCACCUUGCCAUCCAUUCCAGCUUUAAAAUGGAGGAAAGAAGAUGCUGUAUAGCACAUAAAUGGUUUAUGGAUAAAUAUUAAGGCAUGCAAGGUACUUAAAUACUACAUUAUUUUCAGUAUAUGAUCUUAAUUAAUAAACAAGGAGCUUGACAGCAUAGGAACAUAUUACUCUUUAAAUGUUCUUUUUCAGAGAAUAUUUCUUUGCUCUUGUGUUGAGAGAGAGCAAUUCAGCUGCCUUGUUUACUUUGAUAUACUAUCAUUAUUUUGUAUAACUUCCCUAUUUCCAGUUAUUAAUUUAUCUCAAGAUUAAAUACAAUUUUCUCAGUGAAGGUGGCUUCCUAUCUUACUUAUUCAUUCCUCUUUAUGUCUAUUAUUUUAAUAAAACAAUGAAUAAGAAUGAAUUAAAUUCAGCUCUUCAGGCUUUUAGUCAUCUUUAGCUAAACCUAAACCCUACUGUGAGUUCCUUCCUCCAUCUUUAAGUGCAUUGCCACCAAAAUGCAUAGUUUGACAGCAGCUGUGCUAUGCAGAUACCACAAAUUCAAGGUGUUUCAAACAAGAAUCAGAGAUGAGUGAUAACACUCCUGCUGCUUAGAGUUGCUGAGCCGGCUGGCUUAUGUACCUCUGCUAUGCUUGGUCAUACACUACUGCCACUAUACACUGAUCAUGCUGACAUCUCUGUUUUCUUACAGAUCUAUUUUAGUGUUAACAAAGCCUGUGCUUUAGCAAGAACAAUGUUGUUGACAGUGCUACAGGCAUACAAUGAAUAAUAAAUUAAUUCAGCCUUAAACUGAAAUGUAGCUAUGACUUCUGUGUUUUACUAGAUGUUGCUUUUUGUUUUAUAUUAAUAAUCAUGAGCAAAAGGUAUACUUAAAUUCUGGGUAAUAUCUUUGGCUUAGCCCAACAAAUCAAACACAUGGGGCAAAAAAGGCUAUGAGACUGAAUUGUGUUCACACAAGUGAAUUGCUUACUUAAAGCCUUAAGACUCAGUAAGGGACUUGUUACAGAAUUGGCUUCAGAGCCACUAAAAGUGUUGAAAUACCGAGUUUGGCUCAAAAAGAAGUAAACUGUGAUGUUAGGUUAAGCUGUAGUCUUUCUCACUCUCCUAAACAUUUUUUGUGUUUCGGAAGCUUUCAGUAAUUUUUAAAUUGAAGUUCUUCACUGUAAAAUUGCUUUUAAUUUUUAUACUUCUUUAAUGAAAAAAGUGAUUUUCAUUACUAUAUACAAGUGUCAGCACAAGAUGAUGUGGUUUAGCGGUCCCUACAUUUUUUUUGCUAACAAAUGAUUUGACCAUACAUAUCUUAAAUUAUUCCAUAUACUUGAUUAAUGUCUAUACUGUUUCAUUACCGGGGACCUUAAUAACCAAUGGAUGUUUUAUGAAUGAUGAGAAAGGAUCUUCUGGGUCACAAAAUCCAUUUGGCCAUGUCAUAUAACCUUUCCUAUAAGAAUACAGCUUUAUGCACCAUCUUGCUGGUUUUCUUUCCAGUUACUUUCAGUAUAAUUGUUUGCUGUUCUACUGAUCAGAAGCAUGCUUAUAACUUUUAAUCUUUGUCUUUGGUGGUUAUUAAAUGCACAUUCUUAUGCCAAUGUUGUUCUUCAGCUUGAAUCAAAGAUGCUGAGCCUAUAGCUAGUAGGUGACUGCGGUCAACCAGAAAAGCUUCUCCAGCCCAAGGUUCAUUUUUCUGCUGCAUAAUAGAGAAUGGGCUGCAAGCCAGGUGAGUUGAGUGGCUUGUGACCCGCUCCACGUGGGCUGCCUUCUCGAAGCUCCAUGGCUGCUUCCUGUAAUAUUUCUAGCUACUUAUCUGUCAUUGAACUGAAAAGCACACAUCAGUGGCUUUGCACAAAGGAUGAUUAUGCCACAUCAUAGAAAUAUAGAAGCGUACCAGAUUACAUGAUAAUUCUGUCAUGUGGCUAGAGAUGCUUCAUUCACGUAAGUGCUACCUGCAUUUUGUUCAUAAAGGAUGUGGGAAUAGGGCACAGUACAUAGACUUUGCAUCUUGGUGCACCUCUCUGUGACCUGCAACUCUUAAAAGUUUGUAGGUUUUGUUGAGUAGAGGAAGGAUAUUUUCCCAUUUAUAAUUUUUUCCUUUUGCUUUAUUGAUAGCAUAAAACAAGAAGAGAGCUUAAAUAAACUGAAAUGCAGUAAUGGAACAAGUGCAGGAUUCGGUUAUGCAAGAAGAUGCAAAUAUUAAAGCUAUUAAUGAAGAGUACCAGAAAGCCUUUAUAUUUAUCAGUAAAGGACUGAAUACAGAUGAACUGGGUCAGAAGGAAGAGGCAAAAAAUUACUAUAAGCAAGGACUUGACCACUUGCUCCGAGGAAUUAGCAUUCCAUCGCAGGGUCCUGUAUGCGUAGGAUCCCAGUGGGAGUCCGCCAGGCAGAUGCAACAAAAGAUGAAGGAGACCCUGCAAAAUGUUCAUGCUCGACUCAGUGUUCUAGAACAAGACACCCCCACUGUGCAAACAAGUCCUGCUGCAACAGGUGCCCCUGCUGAGGUGCCCAUGUUAUAUCCAUCUAUUCCUUCUAAAGGGAAGCCAGAAAGACCUCCUGCGCCUAAUUCUCUGAUUGCGCCAAGCCAGCCACCUGUGGCAAGCAGAAGUGGUGCAACUGUGAGGGAGGGACAAACUCCAGCUGUGAGUCCAUCAGCACCAAAACCUCUCUGUCUGCCAAAUGAAGCACCUCCUGCCUACACGCCUCAAGCUACCGAUGGCCAUUUUACUGUGUCUUAUGGCACAGACUCUGGGGAGUUUUCAUCUGUAGGUGAGGACUACUACAGAAAGUGUAAUCAGCCACCUCCCCUUGAAAGUCUGGGAGUGGAUGCAGAUGAGCUGAUCUUGAUUCCCCAAGGAGUACAGAUAUUCUUUGUGACUCCUGAUGGGCAAGUUAGUGCUCCUUCAUAUCCUGGAUAUCUACGCAUCGUGAAGUUCUUGGAUACAGAUAGUGAGGCAGCCCGGAAUCGUCCACCUGCGUUUCUUCAGGUUUGUGACUGGAUGUAUCCUCUAAUGUGUAAUCAGUCUCCUGUUCUGUGCUGCAGUACUGGAGUCUACAUGUUCCCUGACACAAUGUCACAGGUGCCAGGGUCCUACGUGGGAGUAGUGUUGUCUUCAGAACUUCCAGCAGCUGACAGAGAGCUUUUUGAGGAUCUGUUAAAACAGAUGUCUGAUCUUCGAAUCCAGGUGCCAGGAUCCCAUGAGAAAGUAGGGUUAUCUUCAGAGCUCCCAGCAACUGAGAGAGCACAUUUUGAAGAUAAGUUAAAAGAGAUGUCUGGCCACAAAGUGCAGCCUUCAGAAGCCUCUAGUGAUGUGAUUAACUUGCCUCAGAUUGUACAUAUCCAACCACAAGCUGAAGGAGAGGAAAAAGAGAAAGAGUUGCCAGAAUGGAGUGAGAAAGUUGCCCAUGGAAUCUUGUCAGGUGCAUCUUGGGUAAGCUGGGGCCUAAUGAAAGGAGCAGAAUAUACUGGCAAGGCUAUCCACAAAGGAGCUUCUAAACUGCGAGAACACAUUCAACCAGAAGAAAAACCUCUGGAAGUCAAUCCAGCUGUAGCAAAGGGGCUUCAUGUAGCAAAACAGGCUACUGGAGGAGCUGUGAAAGUCAGCCAAUUUUUAGUUGAGGGAGUGUGUUCUAUAGCAAGCUGUGUUGGAAAGGAGCUGGCUCCACAUGUGAAGAAGCAUGGCAGCAAAUUAGUUCCAGAAUCUCUUAAGAAAGACAAAGAUGGUAAAUCCACUUUUGAUGGUGCUCUGGUGGUAGCAGCAAGUGGAGUUCAAGGGUUUUCAACAGUAUGGCAAGGUUUAGAAAGUGCAGCCAAGUGCAUUGCUAAAAGUGUUUCAACUGAGACUGUAAAAACUGUCAAAUACAAGUAUGGAGAUAAGGCUGGCCAUGCUACAGACAAUGCUAUGAAUUCUGCAAUCAAUGUUGGUGUGACAGCAUUUAACAUUGACAACAUUGGUAUCAAAGCUGUUGUGAAGAGAACUGCAAAAGAAACUGGCCAUGCUGUGUUGGAUGAAUAUAAAGUAUUGGAUAAGGAGAAAAAGGAUAAAAAAUUAGAACAAUGAAAUACUUCUCAAAGCGUUACAUUAGAGAUGAAACUUCCUAUUUAGAAGUAACUAUAUUGCUAAACUGUGAUUUAACACAAAUCAUACUAUACUUUUCAAGCAACUGUUACUUAAUUUGACCUGAAAAUAUAAAGGUUGGGGAGGCAUUCUUACAAGGAAAAAUGAAAGUUGCCUUAAUUCAUCAUUCUGUAUUGAUACUGGGAUUUUGACAGCUUGAAAGAUAUGAGUUUGCAGUUAAUAAACUUGCUUCUGUAAGCACUUUUUUUCAAAAUAUAAUAUGAAACAGUAGAAUAGUAUAGAAACAUUAUUGUGAAUAUUUUUGUAAUACUUUAUAUUUGUAAAGAAGGCAGUGAUAGUGAACAAAUAGGGUGACUAAUUCUGUUCUUAAUUAUGUUUAGUUUUACAAAAACUAAGCUUUACUAAAACUAAGCGUUAUUUAAUAUGCACUACUUAUUUAAGUUUUGUGUUUUAUUCUUUGGCUUUUUAGUGGCUGUGAAAAGAAAUUCUCUAGAAAACAAAUCUUAUCCAAAGUUCAUAUUAGAAGAAAUGAAAGAUGAACCUCAGGUAACUAGAUAGCCAUUCCCUUUAAAAGUAUUUUUUCCAUCCAGCAUAUGACCAAACCAAAGAUACCAAGCAUUUUCUCUAAGAAGUGGGUACUUGCAUCUCUAGAAAAAAUGUAUUCUGAAGUUGGCACUGUAAGUAAUAUUCAAAGACUAUUUGAAAUUGAGAUUUUUAUAUGGAGAAGAUAAGUGCAUUUCUGCAUAAAUGAAAAUAUUUUUCUGUAAAAACAUUCAGGAGGGGCCACCAGAAAUGUCUAUGCAUUCUGUACUUUUCAGGCAGUCCAUGAAGAGUCAUAGUAUAUAUGACUUCUAAUAGAAGACAUGCAGUAUUUGCUUCAAGAAGUAGUUCUAACAGUCAGCACCUUUUUUCCAAUGAAUUCAUAGUUGCACAAGGUACAUCUUUAAAGGGUAUGAAGACAAGCACCUUUAAUUGGAUGUGUAUGGAAUAUAAUAGACACUACUGUGUAGCUUUUUCAUCCUAUUGCAGUGUGAAAUAACUCCACAUAGAACAACUGAAAAGAGUCCUCCUUCCUUUUGAGAUGUCCUUUUUCACUGCUGCUUAUUUAAAGUUCAUUAGUGGGUUUUAAAGCUGCUAUACAUUCUAGUCUUGACUGGUCCAGCAGCAAAUGGAACACUGUCAAUUUACAACUUGUCUUCAUAUCAAAUAAUGGGAGAAAAUAAUGGUGAAUGAUUGUUAGCAAGUGAUAUUUGUAUAUCAGCUUGGAAAAAAAUGCAGUAACAAAAAUAUCUACUGGGAGAGUAACAGCACAUUUUGUGGUAGUUAUUAUAGGUGUGUACUUUAGCGUGAGAAAAGUAAAACAAAGGGGCUAACCACUUGAAGUGUAACUUGGACUGAUUUACAGAAAUAAAAAUUAAAUUAAAUUAAAAUUGGUUAAA